AUGAAUAAGAAUAUGAAUAUGAAUAAUAUUAAAGAGACACAAGACAACAAGAAUACAUUGAUCAACCAUCUAAAGAAUGGAAUCAUUGAACUUGAAAAUGAUAUUGUCGACUAUCACAACAAACAUUCAAUCGAUGGUGAAGUCAGACAAACUUUGAUACAUAAAUUACAUGAUUUAAACGUUGAAAAUAAACAAUUGGAAAAAAGUAAUCAAAUACAAUUGGAAGAGUUGGAAACUUUAAAGUCAAGAAUGGAAUUACAAGAUAAAUAUUUGAAUGAGUAUAAAUCAAAUUAUAUUAGAGUUGAAGGUCAAAUCAAUCAAAUCAAGAAUCAAUAUACUCUUUUAAAGGAUUCUUAUGGUAAAUUGAAUCAACACUUUUUAGAUAAAGAGAAUGAAAAGACAAAAUACCUACAAACAAUUGAUGAAUUGUCAAUGAUCACUAUGAACCUAAAGAAUGAAAAACAAAACUGGGAACUUGAAAAAAAGGAAUUGGAUAAAACAAUCCAAACACAAUCAUCAACCAUUGAAGAAAAGGAUGAUGAAUUAAAGAAAUCAAUUGAUUAUGUUGAAUUGUAUAGAAAUGAGUUAAUUAAAUUGGAAAAUGAAAAAAAUGAAUUAAUUAGAUUAUUAGAUUCAAAUAUUAGAUCACAAAUUGAUCAUCAACAUAUGUCUAAUAAUAAGAAAUCAAAUAAUAAAUAUAAAAAGAAUGUAAAGCAAUUUGAAGAAGAGGACGAGGACAAUGUAUCACCUGCAUCCUAUUCAUUUUGGGAGGUGUUUUAUGAAAGCGGUGAAGGUAAAGGUGACGUCUAUGAAUGGUACGUCGACUAUAGUCAUAUAAGAGAUCAUCUUCUCAAUAAUAUGAUUACACCUUAUUAUCAACUACAACAACAACAACAGAAUAGUAAUAGUAAUAGAAACAAUAGUUUAGAAUUACUUCAUGUUGGAUGUGGGAAUAGUUUAUUGGCAGAGGAAUUGAUUGUUGAAUUGGAUAAAAACAUCGAUGCCAAGAUACUUAAUAUUGACGUUUGCAACAAUGCCAUCGAACGAAUGCAACAACGUAUGGCCACCAAGAUCACCAACACACGUAUCAAGAAUGGGUUAGAGUAUCGUGUUGGCGAUGCCACCAACACUGGUAUUGCCAACGACACUUAUGACGGUAUCAUCGACAAGGGUACCGUAGACGCCCUCCUAUCAACACUCGACCUUGAAGUAGGCGACAAUCAAAUGGUCAAGAAACUGUUACGCGAAAUGUAUAGAGUACUCAAACCCGGCGGCUUCCUCCUCGUCGUCAGUCGAAACACCUGCGCAGAGCCAUACUUUUAUAUGGAUGACCAAGCCGAAUGGUCCGUCCAAAUCCAAGAACUACAAGUCUCCAAACAAAGCGACAGCACCACCACCAAAAAGUCAUCAAGUAAAGCACCACCCAUGAAACAAAUCAAUUAUCUCUAUAGUGCUAGUAAACCCACCUCUGCCAAUACCAAUACCACCACAAACUAA